UGUAUAUAUAACCACCAGGCCUGUUAUUUCGCCACUUUUCCUUACCAUUGCGUUUAUCCUUUCGAGUUCUUUCUUUUCUAAGUUUCCAUUCUUUCUCCGCCUGGUGCGAGUCCAUUCCUUCGUCGUCGACUUCCAUUCUUUAUACAAGUCCUCCCUAGUUCGAGUCCUAUCCCAUUCAUUUUACAGGAUGUCCAGUUGUAUUAAGAAAACAUGCUUGUUAGCAUUUCUCCUGCUCAACUUAUCCAUCCCGGCAGUCGCGCUCCCAGCUAUUUCACUUCGACAGGUCGCCCCAGGCACACAAUUCAUUACGGGAGCUUGCACCACCGACGCUGAUUGUGCAUCGGCUUGUUGUGGGUUCAGAUCUGGCAAAUGUGCUGGUCCGGUUGUCGCCCAGGAGCGUGAUGGUGGCUGUGGUUUCGGGGAUGCACAGCCCAAUGAUACCGCAGCGAAGGCCCUAACUGGCGGCGCACCAGUCAACAACGGAAAUGCUGCUUCUGGACAAGCAGCGGCCGCCGCUGGUACCAGCGCUGCGCCAGCUGCUGGGACUCAAUUCAUUACUGGGGCCUGUACUAGCGAUGCCGACUGCGCAUCGGCCUGCUGCGGUUUCAACUCUGGCAAGUGUGCCGGUCCGGUUGUCGCUCAGGAACGUGAUGGUGGCUGUGGUUUCGGGGAUGCACAGCCCAAUGAUACCGCAGCGAAGGCCCUAACUGGCGGCGCACCAGUCAACAACGGAAAUGCUGCUUCUGGACAAGCAGCGGCCGCCGCUGGUACCAGCGCUGCGCCUGCUGCUGGUAGUCAAUUCAUUACUGGGGCCUGUACUAGCGAUGCCGACUGCGCGUCGGCCUGCUGCGGUUUCAAUUCUGGGAAGUGUGCUGGCCCAGUCGUUGCCCAAGAACGUGACGGCGGCUGUGGUUUCGGGAAUGCGCAGCCAAAUGACACUGCUGCGAAGGCCCUCACUGGCGGUGCGUCAACCAACAACGGAAAUGCUGCAGGGCAGGCGGCUGUUGCCGCUGGCACUAGCGCCGCCGCAGCUCCUGGGAGUCAAUUCAUCACCGGGGCCUGCAAGAGCGAUGCCGAUUGUGCAUCAGCCUGCUGCGGUUUCAAUUCCGGCAAGUGUGCUGGCCCAGUCAUUGCCCAAGAACGUGACGGCGGCUGUGGUUUCGGGAAUGCGCAGCCUAAUGACACUGCUGCAAAAGCCUUCUUCGCUGGCCAGUAAUUGGGAGAAAUCAGCUGCAGGGCAGUUGGUUCAAAUAGGAAGGCUUGUAAUAUUUGCAGUUUAUAGGUGACCUUUGUCACUUGAAGCUUGUUGUAGAAUAGUUGAUUGUC